UCUUGGACGCGUCCAGUGCGCGCACAGCAGAUGGAGAUCUCCGAGUGUAGGGUUAAUACCGUCUGGAGAGGGCGGGGUUUAGAUCAAUAAUAGCUACUUCAUUCCUGUCAACUGCUUUAAAAAAACAAAACAAAAAAAAAGACAACAAAAACCACUGUCCAAUCUGGUGAUGUGUGUGAGAGAGGAGAGAAAGCUCUCUUUUCCAGGGGAAGAGGAAAAAAAUCAGGACGCUUGACGUGCGCAGCAGCUCCGAGCUUGUGGAAGAAAUGACACGGCGGUGUUGUUGAGGAGGAGGUGCGACCUGGAGCUGCUCUUUAAUCGCUUCGCCUUUUUCGCCUGUACUACGGAGACCCGGCUGAGUCCGGGAUUGGGGACGAAUGCAGCCGUUCUGGGAGUAGACAGGAGAUGCAGAUAAAUCCUGAACGGGAGGGAUAACGCGACUGUGAAAGUAAACUCACGCAGGGGAGAACCGAGUGGCUGCUUCAUCAGCGCCGCCUUACGUAACUAAGCUUUGUGGAGAGGCUACCAGAGAAACCGAUGGUGGUGACCUGUUUCACAAAAGCAACGAAUGAUAGUGUCAGAGAGAAGCACAGACCAAAUAGCUAGUCCGAUCUCUCAUCAUGGCCAUUGAGGACACUGUCUGAGCUGAGUGACAUGAACGAGGGCCAGGGAGGAGGAGCCAUCACUGUGGAGGCUGAUGUCAUCAUCAACACAAUGAACCCUGACCUCAUCACGAUCACUAACAAAAAUGGGAAUGUAUGUCCCGGUUUCAUCCAGGGGUUCCUGCAGGAUGACCCGGAUUUCAGGGCUCCUCGAGUGUUUGAGCAGGAAUACCUGCUCGAUGGAAGGUCUAUAGAGAAUAACCACUGUGAUCAUCCGACAGGGGGCAGCUCCUUCGUCUCAAAAGCGGAUCACCUUUCUAGAGAUACUGGAAUUCCAAAUGACUCUCCUCAUACUGACUCUGCUGUGUCAAAUCACAUUGCUGGCGUGCAACAAAAUAGUGCAAGUGAAGUCUGCAAUGGAGCCAGAGCGAAAGUGUCGUUUAGCAUAGAUUCCCCUGGGAAUCAAACCAAAGAGGAAAUUGAUUGGUCAGGCUUAAAACCAAAAAGCUGCAAUGACAGCAGCCUGGAAGCUGACAGUGCACAGCCUAAAAAAGAACCUGAUUUAGUCAUUGAAGUUGGUGGACAGACCAUCAAUGCUCACAAGUCCGUCCUUGCAGAGAAGAGUGACUACUUCAAAGCACGCCUGUCACGGAACAUCCUGAAGGUGAAGGGCAUGAGUUAUAAGACUUUGUCUACACUGAUUGACUAUAUCUACACCUCCCAGAUCAGUGUUGGCAAGGACAAUGUGGUAGAUGUCAUCACGGGGGCUAAAAUCCUGCAGAUCCCCUGUGCCGUCCAGGCCGCCAUGGACUGCAUGUCUGAGCAGAUCACUGCAGAGAACUGUUACGAAAUUUUGACCAUCGCCAAGAAGCAGCGACUUAGUGAACUAAAGGAGACCGCAUAUAGAUUCAUGAGUGACAACUUCCUUCAGAUCCUGAAAGACCCUGCAGUCUAUGGACGCCUUACUGGGUCCGAAAGGGAUCUGGUUUUAAAGAAGAGAAUGGAGGGAAGAAAGACUUUGAUGAUUGCAGAGGUAAAUGACGUGUUUGAUCGAGUUGGUAGCCGGCCACCAAGCCGCUGUGGCAGCCGGCCACAGAGCCCCUUGUCUGUUGAGUCUUCGGAGGAGAGCCAUAUGAUUUACUACUUCAGUGAAGCCGAAAAUGACUGGCGACCUUUGACUGUUAUGCCAGAAGACAUAAACACCAAAGGUUGUGGUGUUUGCACCAUGCACAACUACUUGUUUGUGGCAGGUGGGAUAAAGGGCUACGGAGACAAGGGAAAGGUGUCUGAUAAGGUGUUUUGUUACAACCCAGUAACCAAUCGCUGGGCUGAGAUUAGACCUCUAAACCAGGCACGUGCACAACUAAAGCUUGUAUCCAUGGAUGGCAGCCUUUAUGCCAUUGGAGGGGAAUGUUUGUUCACAGUAGAAAAAUACGAUCCUCGGAUGGACCGCUGGACGAUGAUUGCUCCCUUGCCCAAGGGAGCCUUUGCCGUGGCACAUGAAGCCACCACCUGCAGCGGAGAGCUCUACGUUUCAGGCGGCUCCCUUUUCUACCGCCUGCUCAAGUACGACGCAAAGAGGGACGAGUGGCAGGAGUGUCCCUACAACAACAGCAGGAAGAAAUCCAGUGACAUGGUGGCGCUAAAAAGCUUCAUCUAUCGUUUCGAUGUGAACCGAGAGCAAGGGAUCAACGUCUUCAAGUACAACACCAUCGUGAAAAUGUGGCACGACUGUGUGUCGCAGAGGCCGGGGAGUCAUUUACCCUUCAGAUGCGCCAUUAUCGGGAACUGCAUCUACUGCGUGAACAAAAGCCAGACUCUUCAGUUUGUGGUGGAGGAGGAGAACGCCUACUUUGUCGAGGAGGCGCUGAAGGCACCUCUGGAGGCAAAGGGUGUACUUUUUCCUUUUGUUCUCAGUUUGCCUGAAAAGCCUGAAAAAGUCACAUAGUAUGCAUGUGUUUGUGUGGUUGGGUGAUCCAGAGUAACACAAUUAUCAUUGUUUAGUAAAAUCACAAUAAGUAGGAGAUCGUACAUGCUCUCUUUAAUGUCUGCUUUAUAUCUUGCUGUCUCAUUGCCUGCUUGCAAUGGAUUGUGCGUAUUUGCAUGGUGGCUUAUUGCAUUUACAAGGUCAAGCCUUAAAAGAAAACCUUUUUUAAUGUUGAAUAAAUACAACAGUAUUUGUGACUGUACAAAAUGACAUGAUGAAAGUUAUUAUUAUUGUUAUUAUUAUUAUUACUUUUGUGUUCACAUUUGUUUGGUGCACUUUUGUAUUUAGAAUAGCCAUUAUACAGAAUAUAUAUCUGAUUUGUUAUUUUGGUGACAAAUAUCAGUGUUCUGCUGGGAACUGUGUUUUAAAACAGUGGCAGUGUGCUUUAUGAAUGAUGCAAAAGGAGGCUCUAUGCAAAUGCAUUACAAAACACAGGUGGAUCUCCUGUUAAUUGUGGUGUUUAAUGGUGAAAUCUGAUAGGGGUCAAAUAUUUCUUAAAGCCAGAUUUCAAUCAAACAUUUAACUCAUCAUAAAUAGACAGUAUCAGAGCACAAUAAAGUAGAUAUGUUACUUAUUUUUACAUUCAUAACACAAUAUGUUGCUUAUAGUGAACACUAGCGGAUCAGCAAAUUAAAAACUAAUAAGAGUUUCAUGACCUAAAAAAGCCAUAGCACUUUUUUUGAAAGGGGCUGAGCUUCAGAAACUCGGCUCCAUCUCUCCUUCCCUGUUGAUGCCUUUGCUGUCUGUUUUCACAUUGCUGGUGCAGGCUUCAAAGGUACACUGAUAUCCUAGGGCUACUGAACAGUCAAUCCAUUGCCUUCACUGGUUACACACACAAAAAUACCUUUGUCUUAUGACACUAUUAAGCCAUGCUCUUGUGUGUGCGCACAUCAACACAAGUUAUUCUCUAAAUUUCUUUCAUAAUUUAGGUAGUCUCCAGUAUUUCAUUGCUGCUGCAAUAACAGUGAGUGUUUGUAUGGAAGCAAAUGCUGUUAUAUUACUGGAACAGAUUGGUUUGUGACUGUAAAGGUAACAAAAUAAUGUGGUUUUGUUAUUUUCCUGGCUGGCUUCUGUAUUGUGUGAGCUCUUAAUAUUGGCAGCAUUGCCUCUACUGUGAUGGACUGGAAAUAGCUUCCUCUCAUGGCAUUUGAAGUGAGAUGCAGAGUCUAUUGGUAAAAACGAAGUGCUGGAAAUAAAAUAUUUUUUGUCCGCAAUGA